AUGCGGCUGUCCUCACCAUUGCUGGGACGCAAGUCCUACGUCAAUGGCUGGACUCGACCGUUAUUGCGAGGAGUGCUCCACGGUCUGAUUGCUUUGCUGCUGGUGCCUGCCUUCCUAUACGCCACGCUGGCGGUCUUCUGCGGGCAUUGGGCCGAGAACUGGUGGAGGUUCUCAGCACUGUUGGGCGCAAAGCUGGUGAGCUACUUUUGCAGCGCCUUUCUCCACCUUUACCCGCAUCCAUCUGUGCCCACUUUCAAUUUCUGGCUUCGCAUGGACCUAGUGUCCAUUUGCUUCGCGGUUUGGGCGCCGACAUCCGUGUUUCUCAGUGACGUGAGGCUUUGGUUGCUGCAGUUCAGCGUAGCUUGCGCUGUGGCAUUCUUGACCUAUGCUUUGAUCGACUCUGACUUGGCUCACGAAUCCGAGGCGUCCUUGCAGACCUUGGAUCUGAAACGUCAGAUCCGAACUGCUGUCAACACGCUGUUCUUUGUAUGGUGCCUGAUUUUCACUGGAAUCAGCUACCACUUUCGUGGCCUUUGGGUUUGCGGAGCUGCUUUCUACAGCCUCAGCCUCUUCAUAGCACCUCCGUUUUCACGGAGAUAUCCAGCCAUGCGUUGGCAUAGCACUGGCCUCAAUGGCUGGCACGAGGAUUUUCACACAACUGUGGCUAUUGCCGACACAGCUUUUGUCCUGAUGGCGUACUGCUUUUUGGCCGAGGCACAAUCGCGCGGCGACGGGGUGCUCACCAUGCUCACCUAG